GAUUCUUCUCAUACGUGGUUUUUUUCCUUUUCUUCCUCUCCUUUGAUCUUCUUUUCUACUGGCUGUGCCAUAUAUUUUCUUUUUUUCACUCGCUCCCCGGUUUCUUAGCUCAGCCUGCUUCAUCAACUUUAAUUGUUUUUCCGUCAACAUUGGCGACUUCUUUUGCCUUCUUUAUAAAAGUGCUUGGACCUCCGCAUCAACUAGAAUUCUCAUCAGCAACUUCAUCGCACGCUUCACUCGCUAUUGCCACAGCAACACCAAAGCACCAAACAAAACAUCAAACCGUUUAGUAUCGCAAAUCGAACAAUCGACUUGCCUUAGAACCGGUCGGUGACUACGCUACAAAAGCCUUUCCUACCUGACGAGCUCAUUGCACUAUAAUCUCCCAUUACCUUACGCACUUCCGAACCAAUAUCUCAAAUAUCUACACAAAUGCCUUGCAUGACCCGUUACCCCACCCCCCCCACUUAUAUCUCGCCCGGCACCAACACCGCCAAUCUGGCUUCUGCCGUCUGCGCACACUCAAAACAGGAUCGCCGACCCUCGAUAAUUCAAUCUUGUUCUCCGCCGGUGUCGGAUACAACACCUGAACCUGCCAAGUUCAUAAUCACGUUAAAAGGCAGAACUGAAGAGAAAACUUUAGUCUCCAAGUGCUCGCCGCCAGAGAGAUGGUCCGGGGCGGUGGUGACUUCUGAGAGAUCAAGCUACAUCCAUAUGGGUAUGAGGCGUCGGGAGUCUCUCCAAAGACCAGGCGUCGAGGGUGAAGGAUGUUCAGGGAGCGAUACUGCGAGUGAGACCGAAAGUUCCUACGGGGGCGAAAGAUUCGGGGAGCGAUGCUGCGAGUGAGGCUAAGACUUCCUAGAGCAGUGGAGGUAUUGGCUUAGCUCGGGCAUCAGGACUGGGGCCACAAGGAUGAACGAGGCUGGGGGGGUUUCAAUCUCAUUUUGUUUUUUUUGUUUUUUUUUUUGGCUAUAAUUUGGGGGGUUUUUUUGACGGGUUAUUGGAUUGUAAUCUUUUUUGUAUUUUUGACGGGUUACGAUUUCUUCACUGUAUCCUAGGGCUAUGGCUUCAGUGUUUCGGGUUUUUGGGUUUUCUUUUAUCAGAUUCCUGUUUUUGCCUCGCCUUAUUUCACUUUUUUUAUAGAGAAUUUUUUCUUGGGCUCGGUGGCUUUCUAAUGACCUUGAGUUCUUUCGCCCUCCUGUAUGAUACUUUUGCGGUUUUUCCAUAAAUUUCAAGACCUAGAAGAAAA